GCGGAUGAGUGUAUGGGCCCAUUUAGGUUGAGCUGUUGACAAUUUUGAUGAGGCAGUGCAGCCCAUUAAGAAAUCGUUGGGCCGGCCCACGUUGUGAUAGAAUGCCGGAAAUUCAGGGGCGGGCAUGGAAAAUCACGAUUCGUGCCAAGAUCAGUAAGUUGUAUAUCAAGUUCAAGGCGACCGUAAAACGUCCUUCGGGGGAAUUCCAACGCCUCCUUAGGCUGGAUAAAUUGGUCUUCAGAGUGGAUUCAGAAUCCGGAUCUCGGAUCCUGCUCCAACAAAGAAGGAGUGUGAAAUCCCGGAUCCUCAGCUUCGUGAAGAAACAUUUCGGGCGCCGCCGAUCCAAAAACAGCGUUGGCUUCAAAUGCCAUUCCUAGUUGCCGAAAUUGAAAGUGGAAAUGGAUGUUGGCGUUUGGGCCGCUUGGAAUUAAGGUGUGUGGCUGCUUUUGGCGUUGGAUUGGGUGGUGUUUUAUGGAUCCACAAACAUUGAUACAAAAAGCCUACCAUUUCUCUAGAGGCUUUAAAAAAAAGAUGCGGUGUUUCACUGCUUGGAAGAGUAAAAAGAAACGGCCCGAUCAGCCUGUGUACGCCAAAUCCAUUAAUCCUAAGGAGGAGGAGCACUUGCCAACUAUGCUCCCAGAGCCUCAACUUCAAACUCGAUUGUUGCAGUCUGCACCACCAAGUUUUAGGACCAGAGUAAAACCUAUUCAACCGGCCAGUAGAGUAUCCAGCAAUAGAGCAAGGGCAUUAUCUGCUCCCUCAUCUCUUGAUGCUGCCGAACAGGAUGCUCUUGCAGUAAUUGAUUAUGAAGAACAGGAUGAAACGAAAAUUUAUGCUGGAUUGAAUAAGGAACAAAAGUCUUCUGGACCCCGACCGCUUCCCCUUCCUUCACCUCAGGCUACUGCUUCUCUGAAGAUUUCUGGCAGCUUUAAAUCAGUGACUUCCAGUGGACCUUUAUAUUUGUCAGGACCCUUGCCACUACCUCCAACUGGAGCACUCCGGAACUUCACAUUUGAAGAAGUAUCAGCUGCUUGUCAUAAUUUUUCUUCUGAUCGUUGCACAUCAGAAGGUCUCUCAUCUUUUAUAUAUAAGGCUUCCUUCGGAGAUGAUUCUUCUAGCUUAAGAAAAUUCGAGGCUACUGUUACACGUCUUCAUUCAUCAAAUCAGGGAUUAAGGGAAUUUGUCAAUGAAGUCAACACGCUGGCCUCUUUACAACAUCCUAACCUUUGUAAAUUACUUGGCUUCCAUGCACGUGAUGGCUCGGAGCAGAGGAUGUUGGUGUAUGAAAGGCUUUUUCAUGGAAGCUUGGACAGACUUCUACAUUCGAGGUCUGAUGGACCUCUCAUUGACUGGAAUUCAAGAAUGAAGAUUGCAUUAUGUGCUGCCCAAGGUCUGACUUUCUUGCACGAAGAAGGUCCUUUCCAGGCAAUGUACAAUGAAUUUUCAACUGCAAACAUACAGAUUGACAAAGAUUUCAGCGCAAAACUUUCUGGAUAUGGCUGUGUCGGACACAUUCCCGAGUCAGAGAUAUCCAACAAUUCAGUGGUGGGUGCAAGUCUAUCAGUGGAAACCUUGGAGAGAGGGUUACUCACUCCUAAGAGCAAUGUUUGGAGUUUUGGAAUUGUUCUUCUGGAACUUCUCACUGGCAGGAGGAAUCUCGAUAACCGUCAUCCAAAGGAAGAGCGCAACUUAGUUAAGUGGAGCCGGCCUUUCCUCGCAGAUGACUGUAGACUGUCACUGAUCAUGGAUCCUCAGCUUAAAGGACGCUUCCCGUCUAAAGCAUCAAGGAUGGUGGCUGAUAUAGCCCAAAGAUGUCUUCAGAAAGAUCCAUCUGAAAGACCCACAAUGAGAACAAUUGUUGAACGUCUUAGCAGCAUACAAGAUAUGAAGCACUCCUGUCGGUUUCCUUUGCAAGAACCUGCAGCAGUUGCUGGAAAACAGAUUGCAAGGUCUCCGAGCCUUAAUGGCAUCAUCACCCCAGCGCCCAGGUUGAGUUUCUCACCGUCGCCUCCUUCAGGAGCGCGGCUGUCUGUAUCUCCAUCUAGGCAUUCCCUGCCGUUAUCUCUUCCACCACGUGCCUGUUCCUCGCACUCACUUGAGGAGCUUAAUAGACAAGGAAGCCGAAAAUCAUCGUCAUCGGCCUUUCGGCGAACUGGGGUUGAAGGAUUUUGAUUGUGUAUAUGCGCUAGCGCUAUUUUUUUUUCUUUUUAUACUCAUUUUCCUACUUUUUUGGUGAUUCAAACGAAUACAUAAAAGAUAAAUGCAACCCCUCGUGCUGUUGUAAAAGAAAAACGCUUUGUUUUGUAGAUAUAAUUUGGUUAUGGUGGCCUUGGUGGGAUUGGGCCAGCAUCGCUUGAUGCAAAGUGCCGUUUAACAGAGAUCUGUUUGAGCUUUCUACCA